AUGAACUGUCCCUCGAGAACCGAUGAUGACCUCGAACACCCGGAUUGGAACCAGAACCCACCGGCGCUGAGUGCCGACAUAACCACUCGGAACAAUCUGAAUGGAAUUGCCAACUCGAAAGUGCAUCGGAGACAUGCUCCGGGGCAUGGUGGAAUCAUGGGGGACGGACUGACGGCCAUCGAGUCUCAACGGUCCCGCCUGGAUGACAACGAGCCCGCGUCCGAGAAGAAGGGCCCCGGCGAAGUGGUCUCUGCCGCCUUGGGGUAUCAAGCCCCCAAGGCGGACAGCGGAUCACCUCGCCGUCCUUUCAAACAAUACAUCACGUCGUCAUCUUUGCAUCUCGCCCAGAGCAUUGUCAAAUUUGCCCGCUUUCUGGGUCCGGGUUUCUUGAUUGCCGUCGCCUACAUCGACCCGGGAAACUACGCCACCGAUGUGGCUGCAGGUGCCGAGUUUCGAUACGCUCUCCUGUUCAUCGUUCUCCUCUCCAAUCUUUUUGCCAUUUUUCUGCAGUCGCUGUGCAUCAAGCUGGGCACGGUGACCGGGCUGAAUCUGGCAGAAAACUGCAGAGAGCACCUCCCCAGAUGGCUGGUGAUUAUUCUCUAUAUAUUUUCCGAGUCUGCAAUUGUGGCCACCGAUAUCGCAGAGGUCGUCGGAUCGGCCAUUGCGCUCAAUCUCUUAUUGAAGAUCCCUCUGGUGGCGGGGUGUGCAAUCACGCUUGCAGAUGUCCUCUUCAUUCUUAUCUUCUACAGACCCAAUGGCGCAAUGUGGGGACUGCGUUUAUUCGAGUUUUUUGUCAUGGCCUUGGUCCUGGGAGUAGUGAUUUGCUUUUGCAUCCAGCUCUCUCUUAUCAAAGAACAGUCAAUUGGCGCUGUUUUUAAGGGGUUCUUGCCAUCAUCGGCCAUUGUACAGUCGCAGGGUUUGUACCAAAGCUGUGGCAUCCUCGGCGCUACCGUCAUGCCGCAUUCCAUGUUUCUGGGUAGCGGGGUAGUCCAGUCUCGCUUGAAGGAAUUCGACGUUACCCAGGGCUACGUGGAUCCCUCCGUCUGCUUGGGAAGUACGGGCGGAGAGGUGGAAUACAGACCAUCUCUCCAUGCCAUUAGAGGGUGCAUGAAGUACUCCAUCAUCGAACUUACGUUGUCGCUGUUUACCUUUGCGUUGUUCGUGAACAGCUCCAUCCUCAUUGUUGCCGGUGCGUCGCUCUACGGCACGUCCGGCGCCGACGACGCGGACUUGUGGGGAAUUCACGAUCUACUGUCGAAUUCCAUCGCCCCCGCUGCAGGCCUAGUCUUUGCGCUCGCCUUGCUUCUUUCCGGCAUCUCCGCGGGCAUCGUCUGCACCAUGGCGGGACAGAUGGUCAGCGAAGGGAUGUUGAACUGGAGCAUUCGGCCCUGGCUUCGCCGGCUGAUCACUCGGUCGGUUAGCAUCAUUCCAAGUAUCAUCAUCGCCGGCGCUGUAGGCAAGGAAGGGCUCGACAAAACCCUCACUGCCAGUCAAGUAGUGCUGAGCAUCAUCCUGCCGUUCGUGUCCGCCCCGUUGAUCUAUUUUACAUGCCGCAACCGGUUCAUGACCGUCCCGGCCGAUCGGAUGAGCUACGGCCAGAAUCCGGGUGACCCGGUGCCCCAGGAGGGCGUGAAAAUGCGAAACAACUGGUUCGUCUCUGGGAUUGCCAUCAUCGUAUGGUUGAUUAUCGCCGUCAUGAACGUAGCUUUGCUGGUUCUCGUGGGACUCGGCAAAGCCUCCUAA